GCCACAGUGGCUGGCCUUUGUGUGCUGCGAGGUGGGGGACCCUGGGCAGGAAGCUGGCUGAGCCCCAAGACCCCGGGGGCCAUGGGCGGGGAGCUGGUGCUGGGCCUGGGGGCCCUGCGGCAGCGAAAGCGCCUGCUGGAGCAGGAGAAGUGGCUGGCCGGCUGGGCACUGGCACUGGCAGGAAUUGGCAUCGGACUCAUGGUGCUACACGCAGAGAUGCUAUGGUUCGGGGGGUGCUCGUGGGCACUCUACCUGUUCCUGGUUCAAUGCCUGAUCAGCAUCUCCACCUUCCUGCUCCUUUGCCUUAUCUUGGCCUUUCAUGCCAAAGAGGUCCAGCUGUUCAUGACGGACAACGGGCUCCGGGACUGGCGCGUGGCGCUGACGGGGCGGCAGGCGGCGCAGAUCGCGCUGGAGCUGGUGGUGUGCGGGCUGCACCCGGUGCCGGUGCGCGGCCUGCCGUGCGCGCUGGGGUCGGGGGCACUGCCCCCUGCGACGCAGUCGUGGCCUAGCUUCCUGAGCCAGGGGGAGGCGCUGCUGUCGCUGGCCAUGCUGCUGCGCCUCUACCUGGUGCCCCGCGCGGUGCUCCUGCGCAGCGGCGUCCUGCUCAACGCGUCCUACCGCAGCAUCGGCGCCCUCAACCAGGUCCGCUUCCGCCACUGGUUCGUGGCCAAGCUGUACAUGAACACGCACCCCGGCCGCCUGCUGCUCUGCCUCACGCUUGGCCUCUGGCUUACCACCGCCUGGGUGUUGUCGGUGGCUGAGAGGCAGGGCGUUAAUGCCACCGGGCAACUUUCAGACACACUGUGGCUGAUCCCCAUCACAUUCCUGACCAUCGGCUACGGGGAUGUGGUCCCGGGCACCAUGUGGGGCAAGAUUAUCUGCCUCUGCACUGGGGUCAUGGGCGUCUGCUGCACAGCCCUGCUGGUGGCCGUGGUGGCCCGGAAGCUGGAGUUUAAUAAGGCAGAGAAGCACGUGCACAACUUCAUGAUGGACAUCCAGUAUGCCAAGGAGAUGAAGGAGUCGGCUGCCCGGGUGCUGCAAGAAGCCUGGAUGUUUUAUAAACACACAUGCAGGAAGGACUCUGGAGCCACCCGCAGGCACCAGUGCAGGUUGCUGGCUGCCAUCAACAGGUUCCGCCAGGUGCGGAUGAAACACCGAAAGCUCCGGGAACAAGUGAACUCGAUGGUGGACAUCUCCAAGAUGCACAUGAUCCUGUGUGACCUGCAGCUGGGUGUGAGCAGCUCCCACCAGGCCCUGGAGAAGCGGAUUGACGCCCUGGCAGGGAAGCUGGACACCCUGACGGAUCUGCUUAGCACCGCCCUGGGGCCGCAGCAGCUUCCAGAACCCAGCCAGGAGGCCACGUAGCUGGACCCAUGGAGGAAGAACCAGGCUACUUUCUUUCCCCAAGAUUGAGGUCAAGGACAUCCUCCCUGCUACUCCUGACCCGGCCCCACGAACAAAGCACCUCAAGUGUGAGGACGGAAGGGGCCUCACGUUCGAGCAGGCUGACUCACUGUGGCUGCUGGUGGGGACAUGGCUGAAGGAGGGAAGCCGUGGCCCCCUCCCUGGGGCCCCAAAUGGGAAAAUGGUCACCACUACCCCACAUACCCUCGACCAAAGCCCCCUCAGUGUGCUGCUAUAGACGACCUCCAGCUGUCAGUUAGAAGGGGAGGUGCCUGGGGGCUGGGACUCCUGGGUCCCAGAGAAGGAGGGUACUGGAGGCCCAGACUCUAGGAUCCUGGGGUGUCUCAGUUACGGCUGGAUGGCAGAGCUGAAGGCGCCAGGCCUGAGGCUGGGAUGAGGCAGGAGGCGGCGCCCCCUGGCGGGAGAGCAAGGAGGACACCAUUUUUCCAGAGCUGCAGAGAAGAUCUGGCGGGUAGGAGGUGGACGGGGGCGCGCAGCUCACCAGUCUCCACUCUUAAACUUUGUAAUAAAUGUUAAAGCCAGGAGCUUUGCUGUUUCUUUCUAAACAUAUCCACUCUCCAAACGGGCAGGCAUCCAGUGGAAGGCCGUUGCUCUGCUUGAACCUCAG